AUGACCGACAAUGGAAAUUUGGGUCCUAACAUGCCACAUACAGACAAUCAGCAAAUUGUCUUAGUUGCUUUAAGUGGACCGUCAUCUUCUGGGAAAAGUACUACUGCCAAGGCACUCCACAAACUAUUCGAAGGAUCUAAGGUUGUACAUUUAGAUGAUUUUUAUUUCCCCGAUGAUAAAAUACCUGUUGAUCCCACGACAAAUGAACAAAAUUGGGAUUGUUCUGAUGCAAUUGAUUUUGAAAAAUUUACUGACUAUAUUAGGGGACUUAAGCUCGACAACAAAUUAACAACACAAAUAGACUCAUUAGAACCUGAAGCUGAUCUACAAUUAACGGAUGACGAAAUCAACCAUUUCACACAUGUAAUUAAUUCAUAUAGUCAUAAACUAAAAGAUAAAAUUAUCGUAUUGGUUGAUGGGUUUAUGUUAUUUCAUGAUGAUAGAAUAUCUAGCUUAUUUGAUAUCAGCUUGUUCUUUCAUGCGAAAUAUGAGACAUUAAAAUCAAGGAGAGAAUCAAGGGCAGGCUAUAAUACAGAAGGUGGGUUUUGGGUAGACCCACCCGGGUACUUUAGUAGAUUAGUAUGGCCCGAGUAUAUGAAGAGUCACAAGCAUCUCUUUGAAAAUGAAGAUGUGAACUUACAAUUGAACUCUCAUGCCAAGGACAAGUUAAAACUUAACGAAAUUCAAAAUGAAGAUUUAUCAUUACAUGAUUUGAUAAACUUGUCCCUAAUAAUAAUAUUAGAUAGGUUGGAAUAA